GCGUCAGAGCGAAGGAAGGGCGGCGCGUCGGUGCUGAGGUGAUCCCCAGCUUUAAAAGCGCACAAGUUCUCUGUGCGCCGAAGCAGUGCGUCACGGAGACCCAGCAGAGGCAGGAUCCCCCAACAAAGAGUCAGAUAUCUCAGCACAGCGACGAAGAUAGCCUUUCUUAGCGCAAACGUCUGCAUCCCAGUCAUGACCUUAUUCCACGUGUUUUAACAUUUCGUCGCUUAUUUUUCUUCCCCACACUUUGAAUGCAUUUUCCCCCCUCCUGUAUCUGAAAGAAUAGAGAACCAUCGUUUUUCCCUUCCACCGAAAUAAUUUGUGAUUUCUGAUCGUGGUGAAACAGCGAGAGAGGAUCCUGAGCAACAGCUGGGGGAAUUUAUCCGCUCCACUAUAUGGAUAAGGAAUCGUAUCCGCCUGCAGCUGUACUCAGAGUUUGAUCUCAGAAGUUGCUCUGCUCAAAGGGGAAAAUGAAAUCUGCUGAAGAGGAUGCAUAUGGCUACACGCCAAACGUCAGUCUCUCUCUCCCACUGGGCAACCCUUGUCUUUCCUCCCAGUACCACAGCCUGCAGUCCAGCCCUGCCAUAUCUGUCUCUGUCACCGAGCCUCACAGUUAUGACUCCCAGGAUGACAUGAGAGCGGCCGGCUACUUUUCAUCCACAAGCAUCCGCCCAAACGGAGCCCCGACCUUGGAGAGCCCUCGUAUCGAGAUCACAGCGUACGGUCAGUUUCCUGAGGAUGAGGUGGAGGAAAGGAACCUUCCUGUUGCUAAGCGAGUCAACUCCAUAGUGACACUGACCAUCCCUAGUGCAGAUGGCUAUCGUGACCCCAGCUGCCUGAGUCCGGCCAGCAGCGUCUCAUCACGUAGCAACCUGUCCGAUGCAUCCUCCUAUGAGUCAAGCUUCUCCUACAAUUACGACAACUCACCCCAGAACUCCCCCUGGCAGUCUCCCUCUGUGUCCCCCAAGGGCUCCACCCUCACCCUCCCCAGCGACGGCUGCGCCUCUGGUGGCUCUCCUCGUCACUCCCCCUCCACGUCCCCUCGCACGAGCAUAACGGACGACACCUGGAUGGGACAGCGUGGCUCCAGGCCCAAUUCCCCUUGUGGUGCAAAGAGGAAGUACAGCUUAAAUGGCAGCGGAGCACCACAAAAGCACUUCCCUUGUUCACCCAACCACUCCCCAGGUCUGUCCCCACAGACAUCUCCUCGCCUCAGUGUCACAGAGGAGACCUGGCUGCCAAACACCAACCAGUACACCAACUCAGCCAUCCUGGCAGCCAUCAAUGCCUUGACCACAGAUGGACUGACUGACCUCGGAGAGGGAAUCCCCAUGAAGGCCCGAAAAACCAGCCUGGAGCCCAGUCCCACCAUCAGCCUGAAGGUGGAGCCUAGAGGUGAGGAGCUGAGCCCUGGGGAGCUGUGUCAGGAUGAGCACCCAGCAAAUCGCAUGUCCCUGAAGAAGGAGGGCUACUGUGGUGGGUUUCUGGAUGUACCACAACACCCAUAUUCCUGGUCAAAGCCAAAACAGUAUGUCAGCCCAUCUUUGCCAGCUCUCGACUGGCAGCUGCCAUCCAGCUCCGGGCCGUACAGCCUGCAGAUCGAAGUGCAGCCCAAGUCCCACCACCGAGCCCAUUAUGAGACAGAGGGCAGCAGGGGAGCGGUGAAGGCUCUGGCGGGAGGACACCCAGUCAUUCAGCUUCACGGCUACAUGGAGAGCGAACCCCUGACUUUGCAGCUGUUCAUCGGCACAGCUGAUGACAGGCUGCUGAGGCCACACGCCUUCUACCAGGUCCACCGCAUCACAGGCAAGACGGUGUCCACCCCGAGCCACGAGGCCAUGCAUAACAACACCAAGGUUCUGGAGAUCCCACUGCUACCAGAGAACAACAUGCGGGCCAUAAUCGACUGCGCGGGAAUCUUGAAGCUGCGUAACUCGGACAUAGAGCUGAGGAAGGGGGAGACCGACAUCGGACGCAAGAACACGCGUGUGCGGAUGGUGUUCAGGGUUCACAUCAACCAAGCCACGGGGAGAACGGUGUCUUUGCAGGUGGCAUCAAACCCCAUCGAGUGCUCUCAGAGAUCAGCCCAAGAGCUGCCGCUGGUGGAUAAGCAGAGCCUGGAGACGUGUCCCGCCCCCGGAGGGGAGAGGAUGCUCCUCGAUGGACACAACUUCCAGCAUGACUCCAAGGUGGUGUUCGUGGAAAAGGCUCAAGACGGUCACCACAUCUGGGAGACUGAGGCCAAGGUUGAGAGAGACGCCUCGAAGCCUAAUUCGCUUCUUGUUGAAAUCCCUCCCUACCGAAACCAAAGACUGUCCACUCCUGUCCACGUGAACUUCUACAUCUGCAACGGCAAGAGGAAAAGAAGCCAGUACCAGCGCUUCACCUACGUCCCUGCCACUGUUCCAACAAUAAAGACGGAGCCUCGCGAUGACUAUGAUGCUCCUCUGAUGUGCACCCAACAUGGCCCUUUACUCCCAAAGCCAUACUACCCCUCCCAAGUCAUGGCCCCGAUGAUGACCUCUGACCUCAGGCCAUGUGUUGUUGGCGGGCCUUAUUCAGCCAGCCAGCAGAAACUUGCAGCCAAGCCCUCCUCCUCCUCACCUCCAAGCACCAGCCCUAAACAGCACGAUCUCCCAUCCUCACCCUUCUCAAAAUGCCUCCCUGCGGGCCCGGCCGUCCAACAGCCGGGCUCACAGUCCCCGAUCCCGCACGUCUCCAUCAUUCAGGAGACACCCGGGCGCUACCAGCCACCCAACCUCUACCCUCCCAGCAGCUGCUCCUCCUCUCCAACCUCGCAGGCCUCCACCCCGACUGACGCCCCCUUUUCUCCAACCCACUGCAUGACACCAGCGCAGCCGGUGAGUGGCAGCACAAGCCCAGCCGCUCAGCAGCACCCCAAAGUGCCAGAGAGGGGUCGCUCUUCCCUGCAGGAGGAUGGCAGUCCCUCGGCACUGGCUGUCAGCAUCAAACAAGAACCACAAGAGCUGGACCAGAUGUACCUUGAUGAUGUAAACGAGAUCAUCAGGAACGACCUGUCGAGCAUCUCCGUCCACAGCCACGCGUAGUUUCCCGUCACCAUCAAAAGUGACAGGAAAUUUUCUUAAAAAGGGAAGCGCCAAAUGAAUUUGACACUAUGCUCCACAUGUUUGGACUAAGGCAUGCAGGAAGCAGCAAAAGGAAACGCAAGGAGAACAAUUCUAAAUGUAUUGUCCAGAUGACCAGGGUCCAACGUGUGCCUUGUUUUUCAUAUAUAAUAACGUUACAUAGAAACUAUCCAAGGUAUAGAUUACAUGACUGACAUGUAAGUUAAGUAUGUAGCAACCAAACCUGCCAUUUCCAGCCUUUACAAGAAAGUGUGCUUUUAGAGGACCAAGAUUUGCUUUGUUGUUGUUGUUUUCUUUGUUUUUUUGUUGUUUUGGGGUUUUUGUUUGUAUGGCUGCGGUUUGUAAAUGAGUCGGCGCCCAUGAGUUAUGUCAUUUGUAUAUAAAUUUGGAUGUGUAGUGCUCCAGUUUGCAUAUCUGGCUUUACAGAGAAACCAUUUAAAAGACAAGUGCCUUUUUGACUGGAAGCAAAAAGACAUGGCCUUGGCUUCACAUAUUCAACCUCAAAAUUUCAAAUUAAAUAUAUUUUAGGGGCAACUUAACUUACAUUUUCCUGAACAGUGGAUACUGUGGGUAAAAGUGACAAUUAAGGGAUUAUGGCGAAUGCAAGAAGAUAGAGUACUGUAACAGUGUAACUUGCAUGUAGUCAGCAAACUAUGUUGUCUGUUAUACUGUGAUGUCUGUCUGGAGUUCAGCCUUUCAUUUUGGAAAUGGAAAGUUGGGUUUUUCCCCAUCAUCAUACUGUUCAGACAUAAUUUGCUUGCAGAGAACCAACAACAAGCACUUAUCCACUAAACUAGUGGCAUUUCCUGUCAAUGUUUCAUUAAUGCAGGGGUGGAGCCAAGGACAGCCAAAGGUGAAGCCAACCAGGACUUUGAAAAACUAUAAAAAGAUGGCACUAGCGACAUAGUCCAGGAUGAACUGAAGCCGUAUCCCAAAAAUGAAAGUUUGUGGGGUAAAAGCUUUUCCUGACAGACUAUAGAUGUAGUUCAGUUUGUACGCUGUAGUUAAAUGCCUUUCUGUGUGUCAGCACCAUCUGCAACAUUAUGGCAACUGCUGUUUUGAUUUCAGCCAUGAAGCUGGCAGCAGCAGCGUCCUGACUUAAAUCCUUAACAGACACCUAGCAAAUGGCUAGUGUUUUGGGCAAAAUUAGUUUCCUUUCAGAAAAACCUAAAAGCGUGAGUGUCAUUUUAUUUCAAUUUGGGCAUACACCUUAUGCACAAAAGCACCGGACGACCUACACAUUACACUUACAGGAGCGGCUCAGCCAUUAAAACCCACAUCACGAAACUCCUGGUGCACAGCUCUGCAGUUAUACAGUCAGCAGAGCGUUGGCGACUUGUACCCAGAAGGAACGGCAAACCUGCUCUGUAGCUUCGCGUUGUCUGACACACCUCCACUUUGUAGUAAUAACACUUAUAGUUGAUCGUGGAGGGAAGAAAGCAACUGACUUGUUUGUAACAGUGGCAUCUCCUUACAGUACCACACUCAAAUUCAGUGAGCUCUUUAGAACAUCGCAUUCAUUCACAAAUGUUUGCAAAGGCAGACUGCAUGGCUAGGUGCUUAAUUUUAUACACCUGUGGCAAUGAGACUGAAAACACCUGAAAGAUUGAGAGCUGUGUCCCAAUACUUUCAUCCAUUAUCGGUACUGUAUCAGUAAAAAGCAAAGUAAAAAUGGGGGUUCUGUUUAAAAAGCUUGUAUAAAUAAUUAUCUUAGCAGUCCAUCGAAUCCUAAUCAUUGAUGACUAUCAGUUGCAAGCCCGGCUGAAAUCCAGUUUUUGUGCAGUAGCAUUAAUAGGAAGUGGAAUGCUUCUCUUUGAAUGGCUCUCAGUUCGUUUAAGAGGGAUGCAAAUGAUCACAGAACUGGAGUUACGUUUAGUAACCUCUAUUUUUCUAGCAGAACUUUUUUUGUAAACCUUUUGUUACGACCGUGAACAUUUUAACAGCUCAUCCAUCAGUUGACAGUGUAAUUAUCUUAUGAACUUUAGCUUCAAUUUAGCAACAUAGGACUUUCUAAUUGUAACUGAGUGUUAAAUGAGCCCCCAUAAUGUGCUACUACAUGCCUGCAUAAGCAAAUGAUAAGUGACACAAAAAAAUGCUAAGCUGGAAAAAUAAAUAGUCAUCUGUUUCUUUGGCACCCCUGUGUAAAUAAUGGUUUCAGCCUGGCCACCCCAUAAACUUGUCUGGCUCAGCCACUGCAUUAAGUUGACAAGUCAUUUCUAAAAAAUGUUCAGACGUUCCCCCAACUCAGCCGUUAACUGCUUUUUACACCUUUUUUUAGUCGUUUUUAAUAAAAAAGAAUACUUACAGACUUGAAAAGUAAGAAAUAAACUGUUGGCUGCAGUAAUACUGGUUCGACUUUUUAAAAAAAUCAUCUCAGUUUUGAUGAAGCUUGACUUUUAUUACUCCCUGGAAGCUAUGCAACAUGCAGGUAGCAUUAAACUCUGAGAGAAUGUAAACAUUCACCGUCAUAUCUCUAAUCCAAAGAUUACUUUGCAGCGGUGAACAGCAAUACGAAUAUACACGUUUUUGUUUUUGUAUUUUCAUAUUUAUUCUCUUAGCAUGAGCUCAACGUUUAUUCGCGUUUAUCAUACAGCUUGUUUUAGACGGUUACAUACUGCAUACUGUGGUUUACCUGCUAAUUUGUCAGCGCUCGCACACUUGUUCCUAGUUUUAUAUGUAUUUAUGAGUCUUAAUCUGUGUAACUGAAGAGCAUGAGAGAAGCCAUACUGAAAUGUUUCAGAGGAGGAGGUUACUCUUAGUAACUCGUAACUCUCCUUUGUCAUAUUUUGUGUACUUGUCAAUAAAUAUGCCUUCAUCUCUUU